UGUUAUCCAAAGGCGUAUCACUGAGACGGCCGAGUUUGCCGAGGUUGACAUAGGAAAAGGAGAGCGCCCCAACUUGUUGCAGGUACUCCUCGCAGAUGGUCGCCUCGACUUUCCGGCGUGUGUCUCCAUGGUCACGGGAUUCUUCUCCACGGCAACAGACAACGUAAGUUUGACUCUUGUGGAUUUGGCUAUCUGAAGAACGGGGUUUUAUUGUUUAAAAUUUCUCGAAAUCGAAGCCACAGUUGGACAUACGUGUUUGAGACGCAGGGCCGCGGGAAGGAGGGCACUCACCAUGGACGCCCACUACGGGGAGGGGGGACGCCAAAAUCAUCCUUAGGCUGGAAUUUAAAAUGAAUAAAACUAUAAAAUGUCAUGAAUUUCACAAAUACGACAGGCGAAAAAAUAGACUUUUUACUGGUCCUUCCAGGUGGGUACUUUUUUUUUUCAUUGAGAGACGACAUUUCUUAGGCUUUGCCUUUGGCGAUUUUCCUCAACACGGCAAUGUUGGGACGGCAAUCUUGGGACGGCAAUGUUGGGACGGCAAUCUUGGGACGUAUCAUCCUAAAUAAUUGGACUUGAACUUUUUUUUUAAAAUGUAAAAAUACGCCUUCAUUGUGGCAUCAACACAGACAGUGGCGUAACAAGGGCUUGGCAUUGGGGCAGUUGCCUAGGGCGCCGGCCUGCGCCAGUUCAAAAGGGCGCUGCUAAAUCUCUAAUUUUUAAACUUUUAUUUAAACAAAAGGGCGCCAAAAAUAAAUUAGCCAAGGGCGUCAAAAACCCAGUUAUUCUCCUGAACACGGAUUAAGUUAUAAAGGCUACAUUCAACCAAGACUUACUCCAUAAAACAUAUCAAAGAAAGACCUAAUAAUGGCGUCUGUAAAAAGAAUGUUUUCACAUGACCUUUUAACGUCAAUGGAGGAAAAUUGUUUUUUAUUUAAAUGAGUACUAUAUCUACCUUGACCAUAUUACCCCUAAGGACAUAAACAAUAUCUGCUAUGAAGCUAUGACACACUAGGGCGUAUACAAAAAUCUACUAUUAACCUGUUACCAAUAGAACGUUACAAUAUCUAGUAUGAAGCUAUUACACUAAUUUACACCACAGGGCAUAUUCAAUGCAGACAUUAUAUAUAUACACGCGCAUAUAUUUCGUGACAGUUGGUGGUAAUUUCCCACUUUUCCUCUUGCAGUGUCCUGCACUGACCCCUUUGUUGCCUAGUUCAGUAUGUUUCUCUUAACAUGACGUGGUGCACUUUAACCUCUUGUGUCACAUUCGACAGCCCCCCCCCCCGCCCCACUUGGCGUCCUUUUGGAUUUUGUUCCCCCCUGCAUUCAAAAUUGAUAGUUAAGCUUUUUUUUUAAUUUGUUGCAUAUAAAUAUAUCGCCUCACUUCCAGUGGUGCACUUUAACCUCUUGUGUCACAUUCGACAGCCCCCCCCCCGCCCCACUUGGCGUCCUUUUGGAUUUUGUUCCCCCCUGCAUUCAAAAUUGAUAGUUAAGCUUUUUUUUUUAAUUUGUUGCAUAUAAAUAUAUCGCCUCACUUCCCGGCAGCCGCAGAAUCUGCAGGGUCCACGCGUUGCCUCUGGGUUUUCUGACCUCACAGUGACAGAUCAAGAAUUUAUUUCCAUAAAUAUAUUUUUCUAUUGUGUCAUCAGAUCUCGAACACCUUAAACCUGGUCCUGUGGCACUUGGCUAAAAAUCCCCAGGUGCAGGAGAAGCUGAGAGAAGAAAUCAGGUUACGCGUGGCGUCCACUGAGGUGGUCAGUCCAGAUGAACUCUCGCACAUACCCUACUUGAAGGCGUGCCUCAAAGAGAGCCAAAGGUAAGACUGUGUUAUGCUCAGAGAGAUAUUCUUCUCGGUGGUGAACGUCCAGAUAGGAAAUUGUAUGCCUAUAAUGUUCCUAACGUUGAUAAAAAAAUAAAUACAUAGUAUUUUCUGGGCAUCAUGAGGGAGUAUCUUGGGUGACUGCCCACACUUUUGUCCAAGGACUGGACCCCCAAGUGAAACUGCCAUCGUAUUAUGAUCCUAGUCUCGUUCGGCUAUCUGUUAUCUAUUUUGGACUGUGAAAAUCUAUUACUUCAACUUCAAUCCCAGAGUCAGAGGACUCCCGGGUGUAGACUGGCAUGCUAUUGACUUUAAACCCAGAUUCAGAUGACUCCCGGGUGUAGACUGGCAUGCUAUUGACUUCAAACCCAGAUUCAUAUGACUCCUGGGUUUAGACUGGCAUGCUAUUGACUUCAAACCCAGAUUCAGAUGACUCCCGGGUUUAGACUGGCAUGUUAUUGACUUCAAACCCAGAUUCAGAUGACUCCCGGGUUAAGACUGGCCUGCUAUUGACUUUAAUCACAGAUUCAGACGACUCCCGGGUUUAGACUGGCAUGCUAUUGACUUCAAACCCAGAUUCAGAUGACUCCCGGGUUUAGAUUGGCUUGCUACUGACUUUAAUCACAGAUUCAGACUACUCGCGGGUUUAGACUGGCAUACUUUUGAUAUCAAACCCAGAUUCAGAUGACUGUCGGGUUUAGACUGGCUUGCUACUGAAAUUACCAACUUAAUUGAGUUUUUCUUUUAAUUGUCAAAAAUAGAUUAAAAUGUUAUUACUUUUUUUUAAAAUUAACCCAAGGAAAAUGUUCUUGAUUCGUUUCAGGCUGACCUUCCCAACACCUCUUGGAAGUAUCCGAGCCAUGCCCGAGGAUGUCACUUUGGCAGGAUACCAUAUUCCUGCUGGGGUAAGUCCGAGAACAGGGGAGUGAGGGGGGGGCGGGAAUGCGCAGCUUCGCUAAUAAUAUCUGGUUCAUAACCAAGGGUUUCAUUUUCUUGUGUGAGGGACACAUGGAUUGUGUCAUUGAUGGAGAAACCGCGCCUUAGCUGAAUGUCAUUGAUGGAUUCGUUGUAAUUUAAGGCUGUUUUGUUUGUUUCUUUUUUAAAUUAUUGACAGAUAUUUUAUGUUAUUACAUGAGAAAAUCUGAGAACUGAUAUUAUUUAUUAUGUAUGCAUUAAUUCUGUAAUUAUUGACGAAUGUAUGGGUCCUGUUACAUACCGCCCCAUGAUUUUGAAAAUUUUAUUUAAUUUGGCUUGAUUUUUUUAACUAUAAGUCACAAAUGACUGAAAAAAUUAAUCUCAAAUGACUGAACAAUUUUUCAAAUGACUGAACAAUAUAUCACAAAUGACUGAAAACUAGUAUAUAAAGAAAAUAGUUAACAAAGCUAGUGAUAUUAAUAAUAUUCAAUUUAAUUAUAAUAUUAAAUUUAUAUUAAUAAUUAAAAAUUAAUGGACAGAAAUAAAAUUGUAUCAACGUAGAGCAUAGCAAGUGAAAACGUACAAUCCUUAAAAGGUACAAAUAUUAAUGUACACACACACACAUAAGAGUACAAUAUAGUAAGUAUAUUGCGUCUUGUAAAUGUCUAGAGAAAGUAGCAAAAAUAUGUCCCUGCUAGGGAAGCUACUGGUAUAUAUAUAUAUGUAGUAAGUUAGAACCCUUCUGAAAAUAAAUUCUUGAAAUUUCGUCAUUUGAUAGCAUUCCUAAGAACAAAUUAGAAGGUAAGCGAAGGCAAACAACCUAUUCUCAUUCAUAGGAGGGACUGGUAAAAAGGAUUGGCGCUACACAUUUUUAAUGGGUGACGCCAAUAGCCAAACAAAAAAAAGGGAGGGGAGGUAAGGUCAACUGACAUGCCUAGUGGUCAACAAAAACUAGGUCAGCACACAGACUAUAACAGUUACAUUUUUCGUAAAUACUUAAACUUAAACAGACAGGUUGAAGCUAUGGUUUUAAAAAAGUACUUAAAGCUGGACCUUUUGUUAGUAAGAAAUAAACUGAAAUAAUAAUAAUAGUAAUAAUAAUUAAGAAAUGUGAAAAGAGAAUUCAGCAUUCAGUGUACAACUUAAGAUGAAUCAAAUACGCCACACGGCUAGUCCUUUAAUUUAUAGCAUCUCUGAUUGUUGGGUCAAUUUCAGGUUGUCAGGCGGGCUUCCAAUAUUAUAAAUUAUGCAUAGAAAACGAACUGUGUCUUCUGUUUCCCCGGUUCACAUUCACGUACUUGAUCGGUUCACAUUCACGUACUUGAUCGAAUUUAAUUUAUCGUGUGAUUUAGCAUUGAUUUUUUUUUUUGGCAAGUAGCUUUAGAUCUUGCUGGAGAGUAAUGAGCAUGACCUGCAGCAUCAAUUGUCGUUAAAACUAUUGUUGUAUGUUCUCGUUUAUUAAAAGCGCAUAAUUUUCAGUUGCUAGUUAUAAGGCCUUAUGUUUUGGUGCUUGAUGUUUUGGUGCUUGGUGUUUAGGUCCUUUAUGUUUUGGUGUUUGAUGUUUAGAUACUUCAUGUUUUGGUGUUGGAUGUCUUGGUGUUUGAUGUUUAGGUGCUUUAUGUUUUGGUGCUUUAUGUCUUGGUGUUUGAUGUUAAGGUGUUUUAUGUUUUGGUGUUGGAUGUCUUGGUGUUUGAUGUUUAGGUGCUUUAUGUUUUGGUGCUUUAUGUCUUGGUAUUUGAUGUUAAGGUGCUUUAUGUUUUGGUGUUGGAUGUUUUGGUGCUAGAUGUGUGGACGUUUGAUAUUUUGUUGCUUGAUGUCUUGAUGCUUGAUAUCUGAGUGCUUGAUAUCUGAGUGCUUGAUAUUUUGGUGCUAGAUGUCAGGGUGCUUGAUGUUUUAGGGUUUGGUAUUUACUGGAUUAAUUUUUUGAGUGCUCGAUUGGUGGGAAGGGCUGUGCUUGAUUUUUUGGGAUGUGAGCCUUGCAGGCUUAAUGUUUGGGACUUAAUAUUAAGAAAACUGCUGUCUAUCAAACUUUCUUAUUGUGAUUUAUGUUGUCGAGAAUGUGGGGUUUUCAACUGGUGUGUGUCUGUGUCGCGGAUUGUUCAACGUGGCUUUGCCCUUUAUAAUAAAAUUAACGAGGAUAGUGUUGGUAAAUUUAACACUCAUAAAUAACAACAUCGUGAUAUUACAAAGAUGAAUUGUCGUGCAUGCCAUUGUUGUUGUUGUUGACACCAAUGAUUGGUCGUCUGCCGCUAGCAAUGUUUGAAACAUGAGGCUAAGCUCAAAAGAAUCUGAAAUUUUUCUUGGUCUUAUUGCCACCAUUUGUCUUGUUCACAUUACCGAUGGUUUAGAAUAUCAAGUUCUCAUUGACUUUGGUGUUACGUUUAGGGCAGUGUUCGGCAAACUCAUUAGUCAAAAGAGUAAAAAUUAGAAGCAGGCAGGGCGAUUAAAAAAUUUUUGAGAGCAAAACUUCUUGUCAAGAACCAUGUUUUUUGGAGUCAAAGACGAUUUGUGGCCAACUGGCCGAGCAGCACUCAGGACGUUAAAGAGCCGCAUGCAGAUCACCGCGAUUUGCCGACCAUGGGUCUAGGGCUAGGGUUACCAUGCGCCCAGGUUUCCCCGGACAUGGUCUCUUUUCAGGCCCCUAUCCGGGCGGUUUUCCAGAAAUAUGGCUUUUUCCCGUGUUAUAUACUAUUCUGUUCCAUGAACUAAACGCGCGCGUCAGCAAUAUUUAGUUCAAUGGUUAGGGUUAUUGAGGUAACCAUUGAAACUUCUGGUUCCGGAAGCCAUUUUUUUGUACACGUAACGCUUAAUCAUAAUGGUAAAGCAAGUUCAUAAUAAUAAUAGUUGCACUAAAUGUUGGAUUUAAAAAAUGCCGUGACGUAAAUGUUAAUUUACAGACGCACUGAAACCCCAAAACCCAGGUUUUCUUGCAGGUCGAUAUGACUGGGAAGCUGAGAAUCUGAGGAUGAUUGAAGGUUUGACAUGCGGCAGCGGAACUUAUUUCUCCGUUGUCAAGAACUGUGCACUGCAUUUAAAUGAGUGUCGACAUGCCUAAGCAUGUUUAGGGAAUUCUCGGAAACAUGCAUUUAUGAAAGUUACUUAAACUUAAUUGGCUUUUCACGCUGCCAAGCACAAUCAAAGCAAUAAAUCAAUGGCUUAUUAAGAACAAUUUUACAUGAUUCUGAUACUGCCCGCAAAAAUCAUUUAUUGUAAUGUAAAGUGUACUGGGCACUCGCUACUACACGUUUAUAAUAAAAACUAUUUACACAAAUUACACUAUUUGAUGUAGUUUAACUUUAACUUUACUUUUUUAUUUGUACAAUACUUACAAUCGGCGUAGCACUAGGUGCGGGCUACGGGUUUGAUAACCGGAUUUAAAUCAACAUUUUGUGUGUCCUAUUUUUCAUCUGAGCAUUAAAGACUAAAAAAAAUUUUUCCGAACUAAAAAAGGAAUAUUUGGACCACAGAUAAGGAAAUGAAAAAACAACAAUUAGCAACGUAAAAAAAACCCCCAAAAAAUUUUAAUAAUAACUCUUACUUAAACUAUUUUUUUAAACGUACCAGAAGGUUGGAUAAAGUUUAUGCAAAAAAAAAUCUGGCUACCCAAUGAAUGUUUGAUGUCAGGAAAGCGGAAGUAGUUAAUAAGAAGAUUGGCCCCAUCCAUAUUUCCGUUCCUCAUUCUGUUUAAUUUAGUAUUUAAUUUUUACAGAGCACCUGUAAAGCAAAUUGUGCCAUUCAGGUCAUAGCAAUUAUCAUUGAUAUAUGAGUCUAUUGUUGCACCUGCCAAUAGUGGAGUUUUGUGGUGGUGCACACCAUAAUAUUUUUUUUAAAUUCAUAAAUCAAACGUACUUUCUCCUUUAUUUUAGACAUGGGUCAAUUUCGGCCACAACGUUCUGGGACAUUCAAGAGAAUAUUUCGAAAAACCUGAGACCUACAUGCCUGAAAGAUGGUUGAAGCAGCCAAUCACAAUUGGAGAAAAAAUUCUCAAGCGUCGUCAGUCUAUCAUCACCAUGCCCUUUGGAUUCGGCAAGAGAAAUUGUGUUGGCAGACGUCUUGCCGAGCAGCAGAUUAACCUGGCCUUGAUCAAGGUAAAUGGAACUUAA